AUGGGGUCCAUCUCUGUUUCGCAAGGCUACCGCUUAGGUGUUGACGUAGGAGGGACAUUUACCGACGUCUGUGUUAUUGGUGCGUCAGGCGAGACUUUUCGAGCCAAAGUCCCAUCGACGCCCAGUGAUCAAAGCAUAGGAGUGCAGAAUGGGAUUCGGAGCGUAAGGGAGCAGCUAAAGCUUGCCCAUGGGUGGGACGGCCAGUUCGACUGCGUUCACCAUGGCACGACGGUUGCUACCAACGCAGUGAUUGAGUCGAAAGGGGCCAGGACUGGGCUCAUUGUUACGGCUGGUCACAAAGACGUUCUGGCUCUGCGGCGGUCCCAGAUACCAGGCGGCUUGGGUGCCUGGCUGAACUUCAAGCUGCCACCUCCAAUAGUACCACUUGAGCGGACUGUCCAAUGCCCUGAACGGGUAUCCAUACGCGGAGAAGUCGUAAAGCCAGUGGAUCGCGAGGCUUUCUGCCAGGCUCUUGCGGAGCUCAAGCGACAGAAGCCGGAGGCGAUUUCUGUCAGUCUAUUGAAUUCAUUCAGUAACCCAGCCAACGAGAAAGCAGUGUCCAGAAUUCUGAGGGAAGAGUUCGGUGACGAUGUGGAGAUUGUCUGCUCCAGCGAUGUCCUUCCUGAAGUUGGGGAGUAUGAAAGGACUUUGACAACCUCGGCCAACGCUGUCAUGAAGCCUGUGGUCAGGACAUACCUUCGAAACUUGCAAAACAAACUUGCAGAAGAUACAAAACUUCUCAGGAUCCUAAAGAGUGACGGCCAACUAACCAGCACAGAUCUAGCCGGAGAGUUCCCCGUCAAUAUUCUCAUGUCUGGGCCUGCCGGCGGCGUGAUUGGCGUCACGCAGACAAUCACCAAGAACACUCCUUACAAGAACUUGAUAACGCUCGACAUGGGAGGCACCUCGACCGACUGCGCCCUCAUUCGAGAUGGGAGUCCCGCAUUGAGGCGGGAGACUUUGGUCGAGUCCCUCACAGUCAGAGCACCGUCUAUCGAUGUUCGAACCGUCGGAGCAGGUGGUGGCUCGAUUGCAGACUACGUGUCGCUGACGUCUACCUUGCGGGUCGGUCCAGAAAGCGCAGGGGCCCAGCCUGGCCCUGCUUGUUAUGGGAACGGUGGCAAACUACCGACGGUCACGGACGCGAAUGUUCUCCUGGGAUACCUCCCCCCGAAACUCCUCGGCGGUGCAUUUGAGCUCGAUGUCGCUGCAUCCAUUCAAGCAGUGGAAGACUUGGCACGACAGAUGGGAUUGAGCGCCGACGAGGCUGCUGAAGGCAUCAUCAACAUUGUCAACGAAACCAUGUACGGUGCGCUUCGCCUUGUCUCAGUGGAACAAGGCUAUGAUCCUCGUGAGUUCGCCCUUGUUGCUUUUGGGGGUGCAGGACCAUUGCAUGCCAACGCUGUGGGAAAGCUGCUGGGUGCUUGGCCUGUGAUAAUUCCAAAUGCUCCAGGGCUCCUCUGCGCGCAAGGAGAUGCAACAACAAAGCUCAGCCAUGAGCUAUCAUCGCCUUUCAUUAAGCUUCUGUCAAGCGUCACAGCCGACGAUAUGCGUGCCGAGCUCUACAAACUGCGAGAUUCUUGUAUCUCCGUCAUCGACAAGGCUUUGGGGGACAAAGCCGAUACACCUCUAGAUACCACGUACCAGGCAGAUCUCCGGUACAAAGGUCAAGCUCUGACGAUUACGGUUGAUCUCAGCCCAACUGAAGUGGAAGCCACCACAGCAGAGCUGGCGUCAACAAUAAGAAGGAAAUUUGAAAUCAUCCACGAACAGCAGUUCACCUUCUCAAUGCCAUCAUACGAAUUAGAGCUGAUGCGGCUGCGGGCUGUGACGGUUGAUGCCUCUUUCCCAGGCCUGGUCAUCGCGAGAACGAGCGGAAAACGCGCAGCAGACGACUCGACCACGCUGGAGUCUGCAAGACGAGACAAAAAGCUCAUCACAGUGGAGGGCAAGAAGGUUGAGGCAUACCUUUAUGACCGUACUGCCCUGACAAAGGAAGGGCUGAAAAUUCCCGGUCCUUGUGUCAUUUCGGAAACCGACUCCAAUACGCUCAUCCUGCCUGGUUUCUUUGGAGAGAUCGACUCGAUGGGCAACAUCUUGAUAUGGCCGCAGGAGGACUCAUUGACUCCGCAGGUUCACACGAAAAGCUAUACACCCGAGACUGCAAAAGUACUCAUUUCGAAGACGCCUCUCAUCCCGACACUGGUCAUGGCUGCCUUGGCUUCCAUUAGGCGCGAGAUGGAUACCCUUAUGCUGCGCUGCAGCAUGUCACCUGCUAUUCGUGAGCAGCAAGACGAGUUCAAUGUCAUCAGUAACGCGGCCGGGAAAAUGCUUGUUGGCCAGUUUGGCAGUUUCGUUCCAUCAUUCUUGGAGUAUUGGAAGGGACACAUCGAGGAGGGAGACGUUUUCAUCACGAACGAUGUCUACCAUGUGUCUGGAGCGGUGUCUCACCUGAACGACGUUAUUAUUCUCCUGCCCAUAUUCUAUCGGCAUCAGCUGGUCGGGUGGGCCGCUAACUUCGGCCACCUAACUGACGUGCAAGGCAAGGUGCCUGGCAGUAUGUCGAUCAAUGCGAACACCAUUUUUGAAGACGGCCUCCAGAUCCCACCUGUGAAGCUAUACUCCAAGGGAACAUUCAACCAGGACCUGCUCGACGUGUUGACUCGAAACUCGCGCCUGCCCGAGUGGUUUAGCAGUGAUAUCAAGGCACUGGUGGCGGCCUGCAGGACCGCUGCCACUCGAGUGUGCGAGCUCUGUGACAGAUACUCCUUGGAAGUCUACAAUGCCGCGUGCGAUGACCUGCUCGAACGAAACCGCUCAGCUGUUGCCAGGCUGAUCGAGACAGAAAUCGACGACAAGCCCAGUACGUUUACCGACUUCAUCGAUGACAACGGUCUUGGAGUGGGGCCCUUUGCGUUGUCCUGCAAAAUGCAAAAGGUUUCAAACAAGUUGGUCUUCGACUGGGACGGAACAAGUCCACAAAGUGACAACUCCAUCAACUACUACUUCUCAACGACUUUGUUCAAGAUGUUUGUGGGUUACUAUUUUUUGCAGGUGUUUGACCCCUAUUGCGUCGUCAAUGACGGCUUUCACGAUUUGAUCGAGGUCAACUUCCCCGAAGGCUCUUGCCUUCGACCAGUUCGACCCGCCGCGUUGAGCUGCCGCACUCAUAUGAUCGGACGUUCUAUGGACAUCAUCCAGGCUCUUCUCGGCCAGAAGAACCCCUCAUAUAUGGCAGCAGCUGGCACUUCCGACUCACCUCACUUCUUUUUCUCAGGUUUCGAUGCCGAAGGAGAACACUUCCUCCUGUAUCAGAUUGGUUUUGGAGGUGUCCCUGCUCGUCCAGCUGGUGAUGGGCCUGAUUGCCAUUGCCUAUUCCCGGCGAUGAGAAAUAUUCCCUGCGAAAUAAUCGAGCUGUACUUUCCUCUUCGGAUCGAAGCAAACGAAUCACUGGCGGACACCGGCGGAGCUGGUUUCUAUCGUGGAGGUAAUGCUCAACGGACACUCUACCGAUUUCUGGCGCGCGGUGAGUUCAGUCUCCACGACGACCGAUGGUUUACGAAACCCUGGGGGAUUCAAGGGGGUUCGCCAGGAUCUCGCUCGCGCAAGGUCCUCUACCGAUAUUCGCUUGACGCCGAGAACCCGCCCAUGCAAGUCCUUCCUUCCAAGUGUGACCAUAUCAAAGUCCAGCCGAACGACCUGCUCGAAUGGAUUACCUGGGGCGGUGGAGGGCGGGGUGACCCUACCACUCGACCGGCAGAUCUAGUUGCCUUGGAGGUUCAGCGAAAACUUGUCACGAUUGCUGGAGCCAAAGACAAUUACGGCGUGGUUGUACGUCCAGAUGAUUUCAGCGUCGACGACAAGGAGACUUCGCAGCUCAGAGAAAAGAUAAGAGCAACGAGACCACCGCUUCACUCGGUUUACAAUAGAGGUGGGACCUUGAAGGAACUCCGGGAGGCCUGUCUAGCUGAAACCGGACUGCAAGCACCGCAACCACAGUGGGAGGUUGACCCCUACGGCCCCCAUGUUAAAUUGGACUAUGUUCAGAAUUGGUACCGACAAAUGAGGGAAGCUGAAGAUUGGGUGCUCCAGUGA